AUGCAGGAACAACCCAAGGAAUCUUCAAAAAAUGUUGCGGAUCUUACUUUAAAGCUGUCUAAACAGCUCCAACUGGAGUUUCCGUUGAUAUCUUUCGACUAUGACGGUGUCGUGCCAUUCCAUUUUGAAGCAGUAUCAGACCGCUUAUCCGAGACAUCCAUGCUAAAUAUGUUUGAAGGUGAACUGAACCAUUGCAUCAAGUCUAUUAAAGCACUUGCUUUACUUUACGAUAUAAACAAUUCUCAGCUCUGUCUUGUAAGGACCCAGCUGCAGGCAUGUUUCCAAAAAUUCAAGCAACACAUCAACCCAAGCGUGUAUAUCUCCAAAUGUAUAGUGACUGGAGAGAUAUUGUUACAGAUUAGCAAGCUUCAUCAAAUUGCCAGUAAAGAUUGUUUAGAAUUUUCAUUGGUUCUUCUUACUGCUAUUCGUUCAACCACGUCAGAAACAGCUUCUGCAAGUAUCGUAUUUCAAUGCCUGAAAUAUCGUGCUCUUUUUGGAAUUCUUAUUGCUCAAUUCAUCAGUGUAGUAGAUAUCGAUCCUGGGCUGAAAAGUUGCACUUCUGCCUGCAAAAUACUUGACAUUAUUUUAAAAUUCAAAAGUAUUUGCAAGGAAACACAAGGAAACAAUGAUUUGUCUUGGUGUAAUUGGCUUGGUAUAUAUCAUAUUUCCAACUUGUGCAAAGAACUAUCAAACUCUGGAUGGACAGAAAAGAUACUUGACCAUGCAAAAUGGAUUACUGAAUCUCUCGAGGAACAUUCCACAUUUGAUGCCAUUCAUCAUAUUUCGUGGAAAAUAGAAUCCUACAAUACCCUGUUCAAAUACUACCUCAAAACCAACAAUACCAAUCAGGCGUUGCUUGUUAUCAAUCAAGCUAUUUCCAAAAUCUCGGGCACUGUCACUGAAAACCCAACAAAUUCUACCCAAAGCAACGAUUGGACCUUUCUUAAUUAUUUAAAAUUGCUUAGAUUUACUUGGCAUCUAAAUCAAUUAGCAUCAACUCAAAUGUCUGAUCAAGACGUACAGCACAAUGUAGACUUUCAUUCAGCCCCAAAACUUGACAGUUUCUCAGUUGAUGUUUUUACAGAGAAAGAUUUGAAAGCUGGUUUGUUUGAACUUGGCCGUAUUCAAUCUUUCAAUUUGGAAUCUACUGCUCUACCUUCUGAUUUCUAUAUGAAUUCAAAAAGUAAAGAGUUUUCAAAUUAUGCAAGCAGUCAACCCAAUACCAGUAUGCAUAUUUUUGAGUAUAACUCAUAUGUUCAUCGCAAUCGCAAAAGUAUUUGCAAUGAUCCCAAAAUAUCACUUGCGCGUUUAUUCAAGCUUGUAGAUAUUGAAAAACAAAAAUGCUCUACAUAUAAUCAUUGUAGUUUUGGUUUGAUUGAGCAACUCAAUAACGGAUUUCAAAUCAUACACGCAGGGAAGCGUGCAAGCGACAACGAAAAGUUGAACGAUACUCCAGAUGAAAAUAAAUCAAACGGAACAAGCAACAAUGCAACACACAGUCUUCCAGCAGAUAAGUUUGGUAAACAUAAACAAAUCAAUGUUUCUUCAACUGAAGGCGAGCCCGAAAUACUAAAGUUCCGAAAAAGCGCUUCCAAGAAAAUUCGGACUAUUGACAAUGAUGAUGUUGUUAACCCACAAGUAGCUUUACUUGACAGUAUUAAGAAUAUGAUCAAUUCCAUUCCUACUGACGGGUUAAAACUUUCAGUCAUAAUACAAUCGCUAAUCUACUUGAAUGUUUCCAAGAACACAUGCUACACAGAAGAUCACAUAAAAAACAAACAGACUGCCACGAAUUACUCAACUUCUUUGCUGCUUGGCUUGGCAUUUAGUAUAGUCACAUUCACCACAUACAAAUCAACUAAAAGUGUACAAACAGGACAAGAUAUGGAUUAUUGGAACGAAAAGUUUUUUGAACUUCCAGAUUUUCCUACUCUUCACCAGGCACACCGUGCACAAGACUUUCACAUGGAUGAUAUUAUUCAAUUUAUUUCGUUUCUUUUUGAAAGUCGUCAAUGGGAACGAAUGAACUGUAUCAUCAAAAUGGUGUGUCCAAUUCUAGAAAAAAACACACGCCUUCAAAAUAUUUACGGACAAGAUCUGAUACUACGAUCAGCCAUAUCCCGAUAUUUGACUGUUCUGCACUCGGAAAGAAAGGUCAUGUUUCAAGAUGAAACCUUCAAUUAUACCACCAAAAGCAAUUUGCUCAAAUCUUCUUUGGAAAAAACUCGCCAGUUUCAUUUCGAAGUGGUAAACUGCUUCAGUAUUAUCUUGGCGUGUCUUGAAGAUCGCGAAUCUCAAAAGCAGCAUGCAAAUCUUUUAGUGAAGAUAUCGACACUCUUAUGGUUGGCUGUACAGCCAUAUGUUCGAGAGCUACGUACAGAAAAUGAUGCAUUGCAUUUCAAGCUAUUGUCGCGUUUAGAUUCUUUGCUCGUUAUAAUAGAGUUUAUUCAUGUAUUUCAAUCCAUGGUUUUAAUAACUAAUUAUGAAGAAGCAGCAAUCAUCAGUAGUAAGCUGGGGCUAUUACUUGAGGCAAUAGGAUCCUACAAACAUGCAGAGUACGUUUUUUUGGGUGGAGUAAACAGUAUUGAUGCUGCUCGAAUUCAAACCGGCGAGGGUUCCAAUUUGAUUUAUUCGACAACUGUGGAUACCUCAUUCCAUACUGGUCAAUCACGAUAUAUUGAAGCGGAAGAGUCUAAAUGUAAUCCUUUUGGUCUUUCAGAAAAUCCACAAACGCUAUCCCUUCGAAAAAGACUGUGCGAUAUUCAAGUGGGACUAUUAAGCUGCAUGUAUCGUUGCAAAAUCAAAUAUUUCCAAAAUCAACAGUCAAGUUGUGCCCUUGAAAACUCCAUGCAAAAAAAGUCAUUAUUAGAAAGUAAACAAACUAUCAUUUCAGGCUUCAAAACCCUCUCCACCACCAUUUUAACAAAGGCAUGUGGGCAUGAUCAUUCCCGUCGAGCAAUAUACCUCUUAGUUCUUGCAACUACAUUAUCGCACAUUAGUACUUAUCAAAAACGUGAAUUACUGGUACAAGCCAUGGAAAAUCUCAAACAAGCAUAUCUGAUUGAAUCUGAAACUUUAAAGUGUGAAAAUGCAUCAUGUUCUAGCAAGAAAGAUUGGUCUCCAGUAUUGGUACGCAAAACUCCAACUUCAAUUACAAUUAGUCCUAAUAGACCUUAUCCUUCAUCAGAGUCGGGCACAGUAUGGAUCAAAAUUCAAGCAAGCGCUGCUGGCCAAUAUCUGGGUAAAAGUAGUACUGAGUAUCCUGGAUCAGGUGAGCUAUUUGCUCAGAUAUUUAAUCAACAACUUGAAAUGACAGUCAGUCAACUGUCGCCCAAUACGGCAUACAAUAUUUCAAUGACAAUAUAUAAAAAGAACCAAGCAGAUUCGUCAUUCCAGAUUACCUCGCGUUCAAUUAAAGUCAUUGCAUCACUACCACUUCCAUUACUGUUAUGUUGGACUACAUUGUCCGAGAUUGCACAUACAGCCCGCUACUAUGAUCUUGCCGAUUCUGCGUUUGAAAUACUAUCUAGUCAUUUUUUAUGUUCGGUUUCCUCUGAUAACACUUUAUGUCAACUAGAAACGCCUGAUAAUUAUGGCAUAUAUCAGAAUCCCUCUUAUGAAUUGUUUGAAUUUUCGCUCCGCCAGUCAUCUUCAGCAGUUAUUCGUUCAUAUAUCAACUGUAUAUUUAUGAAUGUUGAUCGCCAUAUUGAUCUAUCACACCAUCACCUUACUGCCAAUGCUUUUGGAAAGGAAAUCACUAUUUCGCACCAAAUAGUCCGACUUCGUGCUUGUCGCGAUCUUUUGUUGGCAGUCGAAUUGGCAAAGCAUAUUUGUGAUGGUCAACUUCAACUGCUUUGUGCCUUCAAAAUUUAUCAAAACCUUUGGCCGUUUAUCCAGUUUGAUAUAAAGUGUGCUUUUGUUCAGCAUGUUUUAAUGAACUGCCACGAGAUCUUGAUGGCAAACAUUCCAAAUGCUCGUGAGGACUGCACAAAUGUGUUGGAAUACUUUUUUGUUCCAGUCACUCAUCAUUUACUAAACGGGUUAAAAAACUGCGCCAACUAUCCCUUGAUUGUAAAGGUUGUUCAGGAAUCACUUCAACUGGUUCAGUUGAUUGAGCAUGCGGUAGAAACAAAAAUAUCAAACUCGGCUGCAAUAGAACAAGCGUGGCUAGGUCACACUUUUAAACCCAAACGACUUGGAGGAAACCAUACCAAAUCACACUACUACUCAGAAUUUGCAUUCCAAGGAAAAGUUGCGGUUUUGAAGGACAACAAAAAAGGUGUAGCGCAGUCUCGUAAAAAGUCUGAAAUAUUCAGCGAAUAUCUAGAGGUUACACUGGCUCAAAAUUCGCAGCUUGUUUCAAAACUCAAUCAAAGUCAGUUUAAUUUGCAUGAUAGUCGAGUAGGGCCUGCAUAUCCUGAAAACCUUUCAUCAAAACGCCCCAUGAUAUUGCAUCGAAAAAGCCUGGACACGCAUACUUGUUUAAAAGAUAUAUUUAUUUUAUUUGCAACAUGCGGACCUGAAGCAACUAUGCAAGAACUAAUGAGAUUUAAAAAGAACCCUCGAUACAUUGAGAUUGUGUCAAAUAUCAUGCAAUGGUGUGUAGAAAAGGAACUUUAUGACGCAGCUUUUCGAAUAGGAACAGAAGUUGAAGAAUGGAUUGACAAGAGAAAUCAAACUAUUGUUUUGAUUGAUCAGUUGGCAGAAAAUACUGAAAGCAGCAAGGAUGUUUUGAUAAAACGACGAAGGCGCCAUUUAUUUAGUAUUGAAAAACAUGCUAUUUAUGAAAUUAUGGUAAAAAGCAAGUCUGACUCUACUGGACUACAAGACCAUAAUACUGUUUCCAAGGAAAAGCAUCUCAAAAAAAAAAUUGGACAUCAAGAGCAUGCAGUUGAAAGAGUAUUGCCCUCGCUAAAAAAUGGUGCGCACGAAAUAUCUAUUAAUCCCAGCAAACAACCAAACACAUCACCUGCACGUACUACUGAGCCAAGCGAUGCUUUAAAUUAUGCUUUGCGGUCCAAGAGUCGCAUAGUUCCACCCACAUCAGCUGGAACAGAUUCUAAUGAAUCCAACCCAUCUGCGUUACAGAAUAAUGAAUCGGGCUCAAAAACAAGGCCCUCGUCACGCGAAGCUCAACCUACUUCUAAAACCAACGGAGGAAACGCACGACCAUCUAGAUCAGCCAGUAAUUCACGUGCAAACUCAGCGAGCCCACAUGGUGUUGUCAAAGAAGAUGUUUGCAAAGAAGAAGUUGAUCAAACUGGACUACUUGCUUUAAAGCGAAAACGAUUACAGCAACGACAUACUUUUUUUAUUGGUCUAUCUCCAAGCGAGCGCGAGAGAAAAGAUCAUGCUGCUCGUGUACUGGAUAAUUGUCUUGGUGCAUGGUGGCAUAGACGUCGCUAUCUACAAAGAUUAAGAGCAAUUUUGGAAUUUGAAUCUUUGUAUAGAUCAGAAAUCGCCUUUCUUCGUGGAAAAAUAGGUAUACUGCAACUUCAGCGAGAUCACACUGCAUUCAAAGCAAACCUGCAUGAUCUUAACGAUUUUUUUGAUUCGGGAUGGUUUGAAUAUCGUCAAAGUGGAUGCCUCUUGUUGAAUAAUUUUGCAAUAUACCGCAAUGAAAUGAUACCUAUCGGAUCUGAUGGUGAAUUGCUUUCUGGAUUAAACAAUCUGACUGUUGAUAUAUUACAAGCAUUUAUUCAAAGUAUUGUCUUGGCUGCUCGAUACCAUAAAUGGCUCAAAGUAAUGAAUUCAUCAAAGCAUCUUUGGAAAGCAAUACAAAGUCUUAUUCGCUACCGAAAGCUUGCGUCGGACAGCUGGAGACAGUCAUUGUGGCGUGGGAUGCAUGUUGCUGCGUGUGCAAUGAUGGAUACUUUGACUUCAGUGACCAUCUGCCAUAUAGAUGAUAAAAAAUUCCAAACCUCACAACGUGCAUCCAAUCUGUUUGUUUGUACUAACACCUUUCAGUCAGCUAUUCCUUGUACAACAUUGAUUGAUUUACAACGUGGACUCUAUACAUGCAAUUGGAUUGAUCAGUACGGGGAACUACAGACCCAUUACAUUGAUCUUGCUUUUUUUGCAGACUUUUUUCUGUUUACAUUGGAAACCAUGAAUGCCUCUGGAAAGUUUCAUCGUAUUCUUGAGUUUGGUGAGAAAUUUCAAACGCUGUUUAAUGGUAUAUAUAGCUCAAUUGUGAACCCUAUUUUGGAAAAAGCACGACUUAAAACUUCAAGCCCAACAUGUACUAUUUCUGCCAACAAUUCAUUGUCACCCUUGCCAAGCAAGCUCAUAAAAAAGGGGUCUUCAGAAAACAUGUUAUUUAAUGCACGUCAGUUACAUUCCAACUACUUGUAUCAAAAGAUAUGCAGUAUUAAAAGUGGAUCUGUUUCAUUCGAGACGUUUACAGAUGCCUCCAACGCGUAUGAAAAGGCCAUUUCAGUAUCACACAAGGAAAGUAACUUUGAGGUAUUUUCUGCCGCUGCAAAUGAGCACGGAGACUUGUUAUUUGAACAUGGAAAUAUUUCUGGGGCAUGCGUAUUUUGGUCAAAAAGCAUUGACGCUUUGUUUCAAAAGGAUAAAGCCCUUUCGUCUUGGAAAACCAUUCUUGGCAUCGAUCAUGCUGGAAAUUUCAGCUCCUGGACACACCGUAAUGCAAAUCAACUACUGGAAUCUAUAAACGGGAAAUUUAAUUGCUUACUGGCAGCCACUGCUGUUACCAAAAUUGCACGAUUCUACUAUUUCAAUAACCAAAACAAGCGAUCCGAACUUGUCUGGUUUGCUGCACAUCUAUAUAUUGCACCGAUUGUAGCAAAUCUUCCACGUCCUACAAACUAUAUGGAGUAUGCCAAUUACACCCCAUCAUUCUUGCUGUUGCUUACAAAUGUUUUUGCCGACAAAUUUACUAGCAAUCCAGCAACAAUGUGUGACUGCCUUUUCUUUUUGAUUGAACAGCUUUUUGCUGCAAAUUUAUAUCUAUUAGCUUUACCACUUGCUGCAAUUAUUGACCACAUAUCUUUAAAUGUCAUUCAUUCUCAACUUUACUGCGCAAAAGUAGCACUGCUUAAAUCAGAAGCUUUAGUAAAUCUUGGAAUGAUUUUCAAUGAAAAGACAAAGGUUCAUUGUAUCCUGCCACGUUUUCAAACUGAAAUAGAGUUGUGUAGACUCAAGUUGGUAAUCAAAAUACUUGAAAUGUCGCCAACGGAUGAUUGUUUUUACAAUGACAGUUUUGCACAUUCUCUAUUUGAUGCUUUAAAUAUGGGCAAUGACUGCGUGCAUCCCGUAUCAGAUUGUAUCAAAUCAGACAGUUCAGAUUUAUUUAAAAGCAGUUUGAAUGUUCUUGAAGGAAAAUCAUCAUCAAAAAACCACAAUCAACCAUUUUUGGAGCCAUUUACACUAGAAAUCUUAGAUACAUUGAGAAUACACUUGUUCCGAAUCAUUCAGCAAAAACAAAACGUAAUCAAAAGCAAAUUUACUUUGUGCACGGUUCAUAAAGAAAACAAUCGCACAAAGAACCACUUUGAAUAUGAGAAUCUAGUUGGCUCUAUAGUAACGCUGGUCAGAUGCUUUGAACUAAUUGGUAAUACAUACUUUAUUCAAAAACAGUACAGAUCUUCACUCAAGUGGUACUACUCUGCAAGAAAUUUUGUGAGCUCGUUGGCAGAUUCAACCGAUUUGGGCAAGUAUAAAAUUCACCAGCUUGUCAUGUCUGAGCUAGGAUCAGAAUUCAUUCUUCAAACUCGCAGGAUGCUCAUAAUUGCAUUAAUUGCUGACGGAAAAUUUCAAACUGCGUAUGAUCUUUGUAACGAGGGCAUAGAAGAAGCUGCUGGUUGUCACUCAGUGCAUUACCAGCUAUUGUUUUCCCGGUUGCUGCUAUUUACCUGUCAGCAUAUGAACAAUCUUUCGUCCAGUAUUUUAUCUGCACACAUAAAUGCAACCAUUGGAUUCAUCAAUCAAGUUUCUCGUAUUCCAACAAGCUUGCUGAAUUAUUUUUUGUCGGCUAGAGAUAUUGCAGAUUUACAAUGGAAGUCGCAGUAUACGGACCAUCAUGGAGACAUUGGCCACAUAAUAGUGGCAUUUAACGAAUCUCACAGUAUGCUAAAAAACGUUCUUGGCGAAUACCACAUAUUUGAUGCUACAAAACUAUACGAUCCAUUUCAGCAAGAGUAUAUAUUAAGUGCAUACAAAGCCUACGCGUCCCAACUAAGAGCAAAUGAGAUGGACGAUGCUCGGCUUACGGAAUGCAUGCGAGAGGUAAUCGGAAUGUGCUUUAAACGUCCACUUCAACUACCCGUUUACAUAAACAUACAGCUAGCAUUCGAUCUAGGACAAACCUUUGCCAAUAUCAGACCUCGAUAUCGAAAAAAUGCAUUUUUAUCAAAUCUUUUGCUUAAAAACUCGGAGCAUUUAAUUACAUAUGUGCUUCAUGAACUUUGCAAUAGUGGUGGAUAUGAGUAUAGGACACUACGUUCUUGUCUUUUAUGUCUUCUUUCACUGAAUUUGGAAUCAGAAUGUUCUUCUCCAAAAGCGUUGCAACUUCUAUACCAAUCUGCUCGUGUAUAUCGUAUGAAACAGUCGCUUGAAGCAAAAUCCGUUGAAAAUUGCAGCAUACCAGCUGAAGAAUGUCCUUCUAAUAUUAUUACUGAGCUACAUGAAAGAAAUUCUUCAAGUAUUCCGCAAAACGAGCUGUUUGAAUCAUACGAUCCGCUAUACGUAGAGGACUCGCAGGUAUUUGAGCGAAGUAUUGGUAAAAAAUAUCCAGCAUUGGAUGUAUACAGCUUGAUUGAUUAUCGCUGCCAUUUAGAAUGUUGUCUUGCAGCUUCAAGAGAUCGUAAAAUUGGAACCAUCAGGGAUGAGUUUGAAAAUAAUUUGACUUGUAAGCUUCAUAGCAUUCAUUUUUUGAUGAAUCAAAAGUUUUCAUGGUACAAAAAGUUUUGUUUAGAAUCACCAAGUGAUUGGUCAAUCAGCGAUUAUCAAUCAAGUGGAACGGCUGUUUUAAGUUGGAUUCCAGUCUCUUUCUAUGAACAUAUCAAUGAUAAAAUACUAAACCUGGUUGAUCAUUUCAGCUCUGUGACGGGGAUAAGAGAUUCGACACCAAGUGGCAUAUCAUUAUAUAAGAGCGUGUUUUACUGCAAUUUAGCAUCACACCAGCCAAUAUGCUCCAAAACUGCAUUAAAGCCAGUCAAUAUCAAAGAUUCCUUAAAAAGCAAUCCACUUUCGAAUGAAUCAGAUCUCCCUGGAGAAAAGUACAGUGAUUCACCAAGUCAAACACCACAACUCGCCGACCAAACCAAACAGUCUCUACCAAAAAUAUACUCAACCAUUGUUCCCUACAGUCUACUAAGUAAAGGAGAGGAGUUUGCCAAAACCACCAUGAUGGUAUUUGCUCAGUUUGAAAUCACAGGCCAAGCUGAAUUACGCGAAGAAGCCGAGUUUAAAUGGAGAAUACUCUUGGAUUUACUGAUUGUUGCAUUCACUGGAGAUGUACAUUUUAAAAAGAUCAACAGCUCAUAUCCAUCAUUGACCCAAGCAGCACUACUCUUUACUAGAUCCUUGUUUGAUCCACACCAAUCUGUCGGAUGUGGUUUAAAAGAAACUCCACAGCUACGGUUUUCUCCAAAUCCAUACAAAGCCUAUUUGAAUGGAGACUGUCUCUCGUCCAAAUAUCAAUCCCUGGAUUGUGAAUCUUUGCAAAAAAACAACGACGACGAAAUGGCAGUUUUUUCAUGGAUAUUCCGUCAUCUAUCUAUAAGUGCUUCUAACUACGAUUCUUCAAAUCAGAAUGAUUCUGUUUUAUGA